AGAAUCAGCCGCCGCGCCAAGUCCGGACCUCGAGAGACUUCCCCGCGGGUUCAGGCCGCCGCGCCUUCUCGCCCGCGCCUGCCCUGCCCUGCCCUGCGCGUCCCAGUCCCGGGUUCCGUUCCCGGACGCUCCCAGCCCUGCGGUUGGGGCGUGCGGCCGGGACGCCCCGAGCCCCGGCCCUGAUCUGAUUCACCCGAGCGGGACGCUGCUGGCCCCGCGGUACCGGACCAUCGUUGUGGGGUCGUCCCAGCCUUGCUAUCAGUGUGUGGGAGCCCCCAGUCCUCCGCGCGGGGCUUCGCGCAGGGAGCCCCGGACAACCACCUGGGUGCUGAGGAGCCCGGACGCCCCCAGCCUCUGGCCCUCUCAGACCGAAACCUCCGCUGCCUCCGGCCGAGUGCUUCGGACUUAGAACCGUGGGAGCGCCAGGAAGCCUGGGCGGCCCGGGUCCAACGCCCCGAGAGGGGUCCCAGGCUGCAGGACAGUCGGAUCGAACUGGUGCUGUGAGCCGAAGCUGCCACCUCCUGCCACCCCAGGCCAGGGGCUCCGCACUUGCCCGGAAGAGAACACAGGGGCUCCGUCUGCCCGGGCGGCCGGCGAGAGCCCAGGCUGCAGUUCUCCCGUGGAUUGACAUCACUGCCUCCGUGGACAGGAGCCCCGCUUCCAGCCACUGGUACCUUCUUCCAGGACCAGCCAGGGGCCUCCAUGGGCGCCUGAGGGCCGGGCGCCAGGGCCGUGGGCACGAGCAUGGUGAGACACCAGCCCCUGCAGUACUACGAGCCGCAGCUGUGCCUCUCCUGCCUGACGGGCAUCUACGGCUGCCGCUGGAAGCGCUACCAGCGCUCCCACGAUGACACUACGCCGUGGGAACGCCUCUGGUUCCUGCUCCUCACCAUCACCUUCAGCCUGGUGCUCACCUGGCUCUACUUCUGGUGGGAAGUCCAUAAUGACUACGAUGAAUUCAACUGGUACCUCUACAAUCGCACGGGCUACUGGAGCGACUGGUCCGUGCCCAUCCUUGUGACCACGGCUGCCGCCUUCACAUACAUCACGGGCCUCCUGGUGCUGGCACUAUGUCACAUUGCUGUGGGACAGCAGAUGAACCUGCACUGGCUGCACAAGAUUGGGCUGGUGGUCAUCCUGGUGUUCACAGUGGUAGCCAUGGCGGCCGUGGCCCAGCUGUGGGAAGAUGAGUGGGAGGUGCUGCUGAUCUCCCUGCAGGGCACAGCACCGUUCCUGCACGUGGGGGCCCUGGCCGCGGUCACAGCACUCUCCUGGAUCGUCGCGGGACAGUUUGCCCGUGCCGAGCGCUCCUCCUCCCAGGCGACCAUCCUCUGUGCCUUCCUCGCCGUGGUGGCUGCCCUCUACCUGGCCCCUCUCGCCAUCUGCUCUCCCUGCAUCAUGGAGAAAAAGGACCUGGGCCCCAAGCCCGCCCUCAUCGGCCACCGCGGAGCCCCCAUGCUGGCUCCAGAGCACACGCUGAUGUCCUUCCGGAAGGCCCUGGAGCAGAAGCUGUACGGGCUCCAGGCUGACGUCACCAUCAGCCUGGACGGUGUGCCCUUCCUCAUGCAUGACGCCACCCUGCGACGGACCACCAACGUGGAGGAGGAGUUCCCGGAACUGGCACGCAGGCCGGCCUCCAUGCUCAACUGGACCGUCCUACAGAGGCUCAACGCUGGCCAGUGGUUCCUGAAGACUGACCCCUUCUGGACGGCUGGCUCCCUGUCGCCGGCCGACCACAGGGAAGCCCAGAACCAGUCCGUCUGCAGCCUUGCAGAGCUCCUGGAGCUGGCCAAGGGUAAUGCCACACUGCUGCUCAACCUCCACGACCCACCCCGAGAGCACCCCUACCACGGCAGCUUCCUCAACGUCACUGUGGAAGCCGUGCUGCGUUCCGGCUUCCCCCAGCACCAGGUCCUGUGGCUGCCGAACAGGCAGCGGCCCCUGGUGCGGAAGGUGGCUCCCGGCUUCCAGCAGACGUCCGGCACCAAAGAGGCAGUCGCCAGCCUGCGGAAAGGCCACAUCCAGCGGCUGAACCUGCGCUACACUCAGGUGUCCCGCCUGGAGCUCAGGGAAUACGCCUCCUGGAACCUGAGCGUCAACCUCUACACCGUCAACGCCCCCUGGCUCUUCUCCCUGCUGUGGUGUGCGGGGGUUCCCUCCGUCACUUCCGACAACGUGCAUGUCCUGUCCCAGGUGCCUUCCCCACUCUGGAUCAUGCCCCCGGACGAGUACUGUCUCCUGUGGGUCACUGCCGACCUGAUCUCCUUCACGCUCAUCGUGGGCAUCUUUGUGCUCCAGAACUAUCACUCGAUCAGGUGGCGCCUGGGUGGCAUUCGGAGCUACAACCCUGAGCAGAUCAUGCUGAGUGCUGCGGUGUGUCGGGCCAGCCGGGACGUCAGCAUCAUGAAAGAGAAGCUGAUUUUCUCAGAAAUCAGCGAUGGCGUGGAGGUCUCCGAUGAGCUCUCCGUGUGUUCAGACAACAGUUACGACACGUAUGCCAAUAGCACCACCACCUCCGCAGGCUCCCGAGGGGGUGGCAACCGCGCCAAGACUCACAGACCGGAGUGAACACUAGCUGAAGACCUGUCUGUCCCAGUCUGUACCUAAUGUAGAAGUCAGGGGAUCAGGAGAGCUGGCAGGAGCAUGUCUGGACCCAGCGUGCUCUGGGAUCCCCUCCACGGUCUCCUCAUGGGCUCCAGUCUAUCAGCCGCAGCCUCUCUUAGAGGCUCCUCUUCCCCCUGAGGCCCAGCUGGGCCAGCACUCCAGCCCCUGCAGGCCUGGGGCUCUUCUGGGAAGUGCAGGGCCAGGGGCCCAGUUCCUCCUGAGGGUGCCUUGCAUCCAGAUCUGGAAACUCUGAUGGGUCACUGAGCCAUGCCAUGCCCUGUGGCAAUGAAGGAUGUGGAGACUCACCUAGGCCCACCGUGUCUGUCCUGUCCAUGCCACAAGCUGAUGGAAUCUCCAUUUCUAAGCUGCCUCAAGGGCCUGACCUGGGCCUUUCCCCCCAGCAGCCCUGCUCCUAACAUUGUCUCAAAGCACAAGGAUCUUCUGCCCAGAGGCAGGCCAGCCACAGCGUGAGACCCGACCUCCUUCCUGCCCAGCCUCUCACCACAGCCAGCCCUGGUGCUGGGAGAGGGUCCAAGCCAUGACCCUUGGGAUCUGCUGAAGACAGCCAGAAGCUCAAGUUCAAGCUGCUCAACCCCCCGCCCAAGUGUCCAGCAGGCCUCUGGGACAGGGCGGUUCCGAGGCCCAGAAGACUCACAGACUGAUAUGACUCAGGUCCCAUCAGUGGCCACAGGGGGCAGGGGCCACCCGGGAAAGGUGUUCUGGGCAUGAUCUAGGGUGGGUGUGUGGCCAGGCAGGCCUGCAAUGGAGGGGCCCGAGGACCUGGUGAAGACGAUUAAAGCUGCCAUCUUGCUGUGUGUG